GCGCAAGCAAGGUGGUUUUCCCUCUGGUUUUGGUCGCUGAUUCGUCAAUUCGGAGAGAACUUAUUUGAUAUGUUGCGGCGUAUUCCUUCUUUCCACAAUAAGAAUAUCAGACAAACCGGGGGGACUGGUUUCUUCGAUGCUGUGUGCAUCAGCUUUCCUAUGUGGGGUUAAGCGCAUUCGAACAUGCUCUGUUACAGAUACUGGUCACAAGUCAUCAUGCGGUUUGCAUCGGCGGAUCAAAUGUUCCAUCCUUAGAUAUGCUGGGGAGUUUUCUUGAUGACUAACAGCUUUUCCUCAGCAUAUAAAGGUUGUCAUGUUUGGUGGUCACCUCCCAAGCUUCAUCACUUGUAGCAACUGCCAACUCCAAGUCGCAUUUACUUCAACUCAUAGCUCAUCUUACCAUGCAGAGCGGCACUUACACAAUCUACAACGUCAGCUUUUCCAAGCAGGUCAUUGACCUGUCAGGAGGCGGCGCCAUCGAUGGCACUCCUGUCAUUGGCUAUAACUACGAUACCAGCAUCAAUGAGAACCAGCGUUGGACCGUGCAAGUCCUUGCGAAGGAGGGUGACAACCAAGCCACCGUCAGAUUGAUCAACAACGGAACUGGAACAUAUAUGAGGGCUGAGCCAGAGACUCUUGGCGCAGGUGUCGUCGGUAGCCACGUCGCUACGAAGUGGACGCUUGUCAAACUGGAAAUGGGGCAUUACAUGAUCAAAGGCCAGCAGGGAGAGCUUGUCUGCUCCCUCAAGAAUGGCGGUAAUAGCACUCAGAUCACGCUCGCUGCCUUAGACGACAGUGACAACAGGCAGCUUUGGACCUUUAACGAAGAGUAAGCGAAGUCAUAGUCUGUGAGAGAAUGGUUAGCGAAAGGCAUAACGAGCCUCAUGUAUCAAUUUCUUGAGUUUGAAUGAUCUGUAUUGCAUCGUGUUCAUGUUGCCCCAGGAGAUCUCCUUUAGAUAAAAGUCGUUCAGAUGAUUGAAUUCUGCGAUUCCUCUCUGAAAA